ACUGGCGUCACACCGCUUUGACUGACCUGCGGUAACUGAAAGCGACGGAAAAGGAGGAGAACGGUUUCUUUCCAGCUGAGCGAAAAAGGAGUAUCAGCGCCUUCGCCGCUCGCUUUAGUCCUCCGAUCCAAACUGGAAUAAAGGAAUGAUAAUGACUUUAAAACAUCUGCCAACAAAACAAUAUAGUACAGUACUUUACAACACAGCAACUCACUGAUGGAAUUGUUUCAGUUUUUUAAAAAGUUUAUUUUUAGUUUUGAAAGUUUUUAAAUCCGCCUGAUUGUAAUUUGAAACCAAAACCUAUCUGCAUUGUCACCUACAGGGUGCUGGGAAUCGCUCGGUAAUUUGUUUUAAGACAAGAAAGAGAAGAGCGACAACAUGAAACGCUUUUUCGACAGCUUUUUUGUCCUAUCUACAAUUUUUGCUGUUUGUCUUGGACGGAUAGUAAAGGUUCCUGCUGGUCCCCUGAUCAGAGUGGAGGGUAGGGACGUUGUCAUCCCCUGCAAUGUCAGUCACUUUGACGGCCCCCCCGAGCAGGAUUUCGACUGGGAGCUGACCCAGGGCCCAGGCUCUAAAGUGCAGGUGGUCAGCACACUUGACUUUUCUUUCACUGAUAAGUUUUACAAAGACAGAGUGAACAGUGGAGAGAUUGCUGUGGAGCGAACCAGUGCCAGCUCUGUAGUUCUCAGGAUUAAACAUGUGAGAUUAACCGACAGUGGGAAAUACAAGUGCCUCACUCCCAGCACAGACGCCUCAAUUAGUGGAAACUAUGACGCGGAAGUCGAACUAAGAGUUAUUUCAGACAGCCUGAAAGUAACAGCACCAAAAUCUAGAAGUAAAACAGGAAGUAUAACAGAAGGCAGCUUGUUCGAUCUGCGUUGCACAGCCUCACAAGAUUCAGUGGAAGGCACCCAUCUUUCGUUGACCUGGGAGGUGAGAAGAGGCGCUGCUUCUGAGAAGAUCCUCUCCCUCAAUCCAGAUGGAGGGGUUAUGGCUGGAAGUGGCUACAGACAGCGAUACCAGGCCGGAGGUGUGCGCCUGGAGCUGCAGGGCAGCGGGGUAUACCGCCUGGUGGUCUCGCAUGCUCUGCCUACAGAUGAAGGCACCUAUGUCUGCGUGGCCGGCCAAUGGGUGAAAGACAAGAGUGGUGCCUGGGAAAGCAUCCUGGAGAAGAGCACGGAUGUGGGAGAGGUUAAAGUGACGCCCAUUGCGCCAUCCUUCAUGGUUUCAGUUGGAGAAGGCAAUGUUACCUUAAAUGCAGACUCGACACUUGAAUUAACCUGCACUGUUGCAACAGCAAACAGUGACGUCAUCCGCAUGGAGGUCACAUGGUAUGUUAGCCCUACGCCCAGCGCAGACCAGGGUAACUUACGAUUUCUGGUGCACAUGGACCGUGACUCGGUGGUGAAUGGAUCAGACGCAGUCACUGUCAGCCGUGUAAGUGCUGACGCCACCCGACUGGUCUACCGUGACGUUGAAAAGACGGACGCAGGAUAUUACUUCUGCAAGGUGGUAGGGUGGAUGCCACAGCCUGGCGAGACAUGGUACAAAGCGGCGGAGAAGACUUCGACACCUGUCUGCGUGACAGUUACUUUGUUAGAACCUACCUUCAGUGUUCUCCUUAGCGCCCCUACCACUCCACAUUUCUCAGAUGACCCCACAGAGCUGGAGUGUAAAGUGACUGAUGUCAAAAAUGCAAAUGGUACCCGCAUGACUGUUUCCUGGCACUACAGGAAACCCUCACCCGCUGACUUGCCAGUCAAUGACGACCUGAUUGCCACAAUGGACCAGAACUGGGACUUACAGGCUGGGGAAAAGUACAAGGAGCGGGUGCGGAAGGGACACAUUGUUCUCACCAAGCUGGACCCAGCAGUUUUUAAACUUCAAAUCCUGCACACCCGAGACACUGACAGGGGAGAGUAUUUCUGUACUGUAUCAGCAUGGACCCAAGCAAAAGAUCACAGCUGGGUGAAGACCAAGGAUGUCUCAUCCAGAAAUCUCCCAGUAUCCUGGGAGCAAGAAGAUCCAAGUCUCAUAGUUGUUGCUACCCCUCUUAAAGCGGUUUUUGCUGGGGGAGACAUCUUUGAGAUGGCUUGCAAGGUUACUGGAAAGAAACUGAAGAACCCAAAGUACUCUGUGCUCAUUAAUGUGGAGGAGCCUUCUGGCAGGAAGAUUAGGAAUAUCCUGUCUAUGAGUCAGGACUCCGUGACUCAUCUGGAGGAGUGGAAUGAAAAGGAUCGCCUGGACAGUGUAGUCCUGGAGAAAUCCAGUGAGGACACUUUCCGCUUUAGGAUGUAUGGAACUCAGAUCUCAGAUGCUGGAUACUACUACUGUGAGGUCACAGCCUGGACGCCUGAUGCCGGGAACACAUGGAGAGAGGCCACCAAAGGUAUUUCAAACAAGGUGAAGAUCGACUUUGAAAAUACAGGUCCAGCGUUCAACGUGUCCCUUCGUUCAGACAGACUGAGGGUAUACCCUGGGGAGACUGUGAAAAUCGAGUGUGUCAUCACUGUUCACAUGGCAUCGGCUGAUACAGAUGACAUUUCCUAUGAUGUGAAAUGGUCAGUGAGCACAGAGAACGAAUCGGUCUCCCUGGUUUCAAUGGACCGAUGGGGUGUGGUGGCGCUGGCUCCACACAAUGGCAGCAGCGAUUGCAGUCUGGAGAGGAUCAAACCCAAUACGUACCGCCUGAGUAUUCACAACACCAGGGACGUUGAUCACGGGAACUAUCAGUGCUCUGUGACACCCUGGCUCAAAACAUCGGACGGAUCCUGGCAGAAAUCGCUGGAGAUCCAGUCUGAGCCUGUUCUCUUAAAAGUGGACUUUGCAAUGCUGGAAUCCCUGAAGUACCCCUUGCUGUUUGGAGCUGCUGCUGGACUUGGUGUUGGGCUCCUGGCCAUGCUGAUUGGUUACAUUGGUGCUCGAUUCUGCUGUAAGAACACUUUGCAAGGUGACAUGAAGGGUAACCGGCGGUUAGUGUCCAUGGAAAUGGACUGAGCAGAAGAGAAAGAGGGCAAGAACUGGACAAUCCACAAAGAGCCGUAGUAACCAUCUAAACAAAGUGACACCUUUAAACUGUAACCCUUUUCUCCAAGACGCUGGUGCAGAAAAAAAGGGCUCCUGCAAAUGUUCCAUUUGCUUUUGCAGAACUAGAGUGAGACGAUAUUCCAGUCCUUGUGUGCUGCAUUGCUGAGAGCUACAGAAAUGCGGAUCAAAUUAAAGCGGGUCAUCAGCCUUUUAAUUGCCUGCUGCUCUGCGACUUAAGGGGGAAAGAGAACCACUUCUUGAUUUAAGAGACUUUUAUCUAUGAACGAAUAUUGCAUAAGACUCAGGAACUGUUUCAGUGGGAGUUUUGGAACACCUCUCAUUCGAAACAGACUAAAUUACAUUUUGUAUCCAAAAGAUUUAUGAGGUUUAAUUUGAAACACAAGAUCUCUUGUGUCCGGCUCCCUCUAUCAGAUCUCGCAAAGAUAUUGAUACUUACCAAAGGGUAUGGAUUUGCCUUUGUUUACAGUAUUUCCAGCCUUUUUGAUUGUAACAAAAUUGUUCAUAUCAGGAGAAAAUGCAAAAGCAUGACUAUGAAUGUUGAAUAACAUUAUCAAAUGCCUGCUGUUGCAAUGCUGUACAAAGUGUGACCUUUAGAAAAAAAAAAAAAAAAAACAUACUGAAGACUAUUAUUCUUUCAGUCUGAGCUCCACAGUAAAACAUUUCUUUGUGUUGUUAUUUAGAAUUAUGUGCCAAGAAUGGACUUAAAACAGAUAUUUUAAUAAGAUUCUACUUUUUAAGAGUGAAGACAUUUAUUUUUUUACAGGUAUUUCUCUGUUUCAAAGAAUCACUGGUACAAGUAGGUGUUACUCUUAUAAACGUUGUGCCUUAGUGAAGCAGUUUUUUUUAAAUGGGGGAAAAAAAAAAAUUGGCACAAAGAUGGUAACAGUUACUUUAUGGUUUUAGCAUGUCUUUUUCAUUUGAAGAAAAAUUCUGAUUCAGAUUGAUAUAUUGAUAACUGAGAUUGAGUGCAGUUGCUUCAGAGCAGUUACUCAUUUUGAACUAUAGGCCUGUUUUAAAAUAUAACAGUUUUAAUAAAAACUAUAGCAGAAGAUUAGGUAGUUGACCAGCAAUGUCUCAAGCCGAACUGAAGUUGUAUUUAUUAAGUCAUUUUAUUUUUGUGAGUGUUGUGUUCAGAUUACUAGGUUUGCUGGUAUCGUGUACAGCCUCUGAACAAAAAGCUUAAUUCUAAAAUGAGCACCUGGUCACUAGCAUUAGUGAAAGGUCAUCUGGAUAUUCAAUAAGUAUCUAACUGCAUGUUAAUUUCGUAUUGAGAAAGACAUACUUUUAUAUUGCCACCUCACCAUGUAAAAUUAGGGGUAAAGAGGGAAAACAUUAUCUUUAGAAAUAAAUUCAUCCAUUGAUUUAAAUUUUUUUUUUUUUUUUUACAAAUAUUUUGUUUUAUUUAAGGAGCUUACUUUUUAAUUAUUAUUUUAUUUUUUUUGUCUUCGGAUUUAUUAAACAGGAAUAAGAUUCUUUUCUUUUUCUUUUUUCUUUCCAAAAUGUGCAUUUUUUAGGUACUAGAGAAAAAAAGUGUCGAUUGUAGAGGCAAGCUGUCACAAUGCAGACACUCCCCAAACAGCUUGCUCAGUUAACGAUCCACACCCAAUGCUGUGCCAGGCUUCUGUUACGCCCAGCUGAUUUCAGUGUUACUCUUUGUUCAUUGUGAGCGGAACCUGUCAAAUGUGGUGAUGAUUCUAGACCUGGGUCUGAGCUAUGAGCUGCCUUUUAAUAGAAAUGCCUGGAUUUCCUUUCAUACCCUCCCAAUGGGACAAUUCCCAAAGCCUCCCAUUUCCCUUUUACUUCUUUUACAUGUGUGUUUUUUUUUUUGUCUUCAUUCUUUUAAGGAACAACUUGGUUUGGGGGGGGGGGGGUUGCCCCGGUGCUGGCCCCUGCCCUGAAUGUGAUGUAAAUUAUGUUUUUGUUUCCAGAAGUGUCUUUUAAUACUAGCGUUUUAAAAAGGAUACACUGUGAUUUUUUUUCUGAGCUUGUGUUUUUUGUUUUUUUAAUUUUUUUAAAAUUAACAUUGGGUAUUAAUCUGCUACUUGGCAUCAGAUAGUUAGUUAGAUAUAGUUCAAUUUUAAACCUGUGACUGUUCAAAUAAACAACUUUAUUUCUCUUGGAGAUUCUGUACAUUUAGAGGACAAGUUAGGUUGGCAAACAGACAAAACCAUACUGAAUUGGACUGGUGAAAAAAUAUACACAGCCUGCAUCAUCAGUCCUAGCCAGUGGAAAUAAAUGCAUUGGUACUUUACCCUUCAACUGUAUGCACGUUUAUUGGUUUGUAUUAUCAGUUGAUUAAAACAAAAGAAGUAAUUUUUCAGUUUUAUUCGUUUCCAUUACUGGGGUUUUGUGGAGACUGGCUCAGGGGUUAAACAUAGGUCUUGGAGUCUCUGUGAUUUGUGUCAGGAUGACAUGUGCUAGAAAUGGAAAUCAAACCAAAUGCAAAUAAAAGAAACUUGUUUUGGUUUGCUUUCUAAUAAACCUCUUGAUUUCUGUUGUACAUUCCCCAAUUCGAAAGGAAUUUUAAAAUGUUCGUUGUAACAAUUAUGUGACCUCACUCUGACCCUGGAGCUGCAAUCACCCAAAACCAGUAAGGUUUCUAGAGCACCGAACUUGAAACAGUGCAUUAAAUGCCUUCCACUCCUUCAUGUUGUACAGUAUGCCAAAAGAAUUGUAGUGGACAUAAUUGUAGUAGUUUAUAGACAUACAUAAUAAUCUGUCCAGAAUAUAAGAAGUCAAAAACUAUAUUUUAUUUUCAAAAUUACAUUUUGAAUAUUGAUGUAGAAGAGAUUUGGGGUAUUUUCCUAUCCUAGGGAAUGUAAAUAUUACCAGCCACAGAUCAAACCCCAGGUUUUCAGGUAAUACGUUUUGUGUAGAACUGAUACAUUCCCAGGGAACUCUAAGUAAAACCAUCAGAUCGAACAUGGUGUUUCAUGCUUUUAAUCUCUCGGUAACCAUUUGCAUUAUGAUGUGUUUUUGUUACUAAUCCAUGUUUGUUUUUUUUAAUGUGUUUUUAAAGAAAAUGUUCUUUUUCCAAAGUGUUUUAUACUGUAGUUAGGAAGUAAAAUAUAAAGUUAGGUAUGCACAACAUUCAAUUUGUCUUUGUUAGAGAACUCCUAUUGCAGAUUACAUUUACUGGUACUUUUCCAAGAUUCAAAUAUCUGCUAAGUCCUCAUUCUCUCGCAAUUCAUCUCGGAGAGAAAUAAUAGAAUCUAAUUUUAGGUGAGGUAUCCAGCUUCAGCCUCCUGCGCAAACUCUUUAUAUACAUACAUUGGUUAUAAAGAGUACAACAUGGCUUGCUCUGCAUAAGACUGUGAAAGUGGAAACUGCACCUUUGAAACUGUAUCCCUGACUAAUCAUGUAUAUAAAAUGUGUUCUGUGUUAUGCAAUUAAACCAGUACAGAUUUUUUCAUUUACAAAAUUGCUUUGCAAAUUAUUGAUUAGCAAUUACAAACUAGUGCCCUGUAAGUAACAAGUAAAAGUGAGUUGUUUUUUGGCCA